AUGUCGAAGAAGAACAGCAAAAGCGCCCAGCAGCGAAGGCUGCAAUGGCUAAUCCUCCAGGAAAAGCACAAUGAACAGACGCGGAAAGAGAAAAACGCCAGGAAGAAAGGCCUCCAAGACUUGACAAAAUUGGUACUCAUGGCGCAUGAUGCACACUCUCCCUAUGUGGACCCCAAAGAUUUUUCCCCCAACUUUCAGGUUCCUUUCUUCCAGAAAUCCCAGAAGCCCUUAGUUGCUCAAGGCGCACAGCACAGCCACGCCAAACUCGAUAAAAAUCCUCCCGCCAAACAAAGUUUCGAACUUUCUCAUGAGUUUGAAUGCUCAGAUGGACAGCGUAAACAUCGCCCCCGCAACGCUCGAGUCUCAAGGGGUCCAGCACUCCCCCGGGAAAAUGCAAUCAACGAUCUACAAAAAAGUCGUGAGUCACGAGGAAAGGGGCCUCCUCGGGGUUCUUCCACUGCUGCAGAUGACAUGGAAACGGAUGGCCCCGAGAGCAGCAGCAGCAGCACCUCCAAGAAUCUGAUUUCGAGUGUACGGACACUCAAGACCAUCCAGAAGAAGAAGGCAGUCUCUGGAUCUGCACUGGGCGGAUCCGGGAUAGCCAAGAAGGCCGCACGAGCCUCAUUAAACCCUCAAAAACCCCAAAUCCCUCCAAAGGAGGCCCUCCGUAAGGGCCUUGUCUCUCCCAAAGUUGUCCCUUCUCGCCUGAAGAGCAUUGUGAGACGCGCCAACAAGAGGAUCAGAAAGGGCGCCGUAGUCGUCUCUUCCAUGGAUCCCUAA